AUGUCAGGGGCCGACCCUGGGAGGGCUGCCGCUGCGGCCCUGGCAGCUGUUGCUGCUGAAGCCGUUGCCGGGUCGCGGAUGGUCCCCGCCGAGGCAUCGGCAGAUGCCCCUGGGGUAGCUGCCACCGCGGUGCUGGCGGUCGCUGCCAGCGCGGAUGCCGCCGCCGUGGCCCCGGUGACCCCCGCGAACGUGUGCGCUGCCGAGGUACCAGCGGGUGCCCUUGAGAUGGCCGCCGCCGCGGUGCUGGCGGCCCCCGCUGGGGCGGAUGUCACCGCCGAGGCUCCGGCGACCCCUGCGGACGUGGUCGCCGUCGAAGUACCGACGGGCGCCCUUGAGGCGGCUGUCGCCGCGGGGCUGGCGGCCGCUGCCGGGGCGGAUGUCGCUGCUGGGGAAGAUGCCACCGCAGCUACCGGGGAGAUAGCCGCAGCUGCUGCAUACGUCCUUGAUCUCCGAACGACCAGGGGCGCAUCGUCGCUAUCCUCAUCGUCGUCAUGCACGGGGAUGACUCCCGGGGACGCUGCAGCCUGGCCCGCCUCGUCAUCCAGGGACUGGAAGGAGGGCCAGUUGAUCUCCGACUCGCCCCCGCUCUCCUCGAGCACCUGCUUCCCGCGUGGUGCUAGCAGGGGAGCGCGGGGGUCCGGGUGGGGGUAUCGUCCAUCAACCGCCACUCAUUGCAGGGCGGGAAGGCGGCGACGAUGUCGUUGA